GCGUGCGACAGCUUGCCCACGGGCAGCGUCUGCUCGACAUCGCCCUCUGCCGACUCAUUAUAGCUAUAUCAUCGUGUAUCUUUGCAUUCUCACGGCUAUUAUACUGUCAGAUUAGAAUCUCUUAUCCUUAUCCCACCUUAUAUACCCGCCACCUUCCACCAUGACUCCUCGUCGCUCCUCUCGUGCCCGUACCUCCCAACCCUCUCCCGCCAUACUUCAACACACGAAUUCCUCGAGUUCUUCCGCCUCAUUGACUCGCGAGAGAAGUACUCGUUCCAACGCUAAGAAUCCGUCCCCUCAGGGGUCGUCGGGCCACCGCUCCCAAUCCAUCGACGAUGCCGACGCCUCCAAACUCGACUUCCCACAAACAAGGCAGCGCCAGCGCGCCCGGGGAGACGAAGAUAUAGAUAAGAUUGCUGAGGUGGAGGAAGAGGAGGGCGAAGAAGAUGAAGAAGAGGAGGAGGAGGAAAUAACCAGGUGUCUCUGUGGCCAACAGGAAUACCCAGGCCUGCCCCCUUCUCGUCGGGACCUCCUCGGUCGCAAUGGUUUGCAUGGGAGAGUUAAAGAUGACCCCAUCUUGAACUUCUCUGCGGACUCGUCAGACUUAAUGUCUGAUGAUAUCGGAAGUAUGUUCAUUCAGUGUGAUCAAUGUAAAGUUUGGCAGCAUGGUGGCUGUGUCGGAAUCAUGGACGAGGCCAUGAGCCCCGAUGAAUAUUUCUGUGAACAAUGCCGCAAAGAUCUUCACAGAAUAAAGCACGAGCCAAAUGGGCAAUACUCGUCUCAGUAUCUUCCAGUCGCCCCGCCCUCCCCUGCUUCUUCCUCCCGAGACUCGUCCCGCGAUAAUUCCAAGCGGGCGAAAGAUUCCAAAUCGCGACAAAAUGAUCCAACUAAUCCUAAGCGUCGGUCGACGAUGAACAGUCGCGACGCUGCUUACGACGAAGAAGAGCAGAUUCGUCGUGCAAUCGAGGAAAGCAAGGAGGAAACCAAGCCAGCUUCAGAAGAGAUUGCAGCUCGGAGAGGGAAAAGAAGUCGAAGUGAUAGUGAAGCUCACAAACAAGCGGCGAAGCGUCAGCGCACAAGCUCACCGUCGCCCGGGGCUGCUUCAAAUAAACAAAGUAAUUCGGUAUCCCAGCCCGUAUCAGAAGACGAAAAGGCCAAGGCUGCCACAAACGGGACUCGAAGACAGAGAGCUGCAUCCCGAAGCCAGCAUAACAAGGAAACCAAGGAUGCUGAGGAGCCUGAGGUCGAACCGCCAGAGGCGACAAACCGUAGAAAGGGAAGGUCAGAUCGACGGAAAGGUGACGGAGCAGACUCGGACCACGAAGCGGUUUCGCCAACAAAAACAGUUGCGACUAAUCCAGAACCACCACAACCGAGUCCGGAGACAACAGCUCCUGCUCCAGAACCUGCACCUUCCCGUCCAUCUACACGGAAGUCCGGUCGGCCGCCCGCCCGCCGUGGUGGACGAGUGGGCCGCAAUCAAUACACCAGAGAUCGUGAUGUCAAUGGCAAUGGAGACUCAAGCUUCAUGAUGAAUUCCCCACGGCGCGGACAGUCCCACGACACCAACGGAGAUUCACCUCGAGUGGGUGGGGCCAACGGGACAUAUUUGAACGGCAGUGAGUCAGGGAAGCCUAGCAGACCACGAUAUGUGAACCAACGAACUACUAUGAAUGAAAUGAAGAGACGCGUUGCCGCCAUUCUGGAGUUCAUCUCCCGAAUGCAAGUGGAAAUGGCGUCCGCCGGUGAGAGUACUACACCUCCCGGGAUUAAUAGUGACCGACUUAACGGCAUCCUCAUGAAGGCUGUGAGUGAGCAGCUUGAGAAUGCUAUGGCAUCGACGGUCAGCGAAGCAGACUCUGGUACAGCUACCACUGAUGGUGAAGCUGGGGCCGUAUCGAUGGAAAAGGAAUUCAAGGACUUAAGCAGUGUUGAGAUGAUGGACGUGCUCACACGGCACCUCCUCAAGUGGCAGCAAGAGUAUGGGAAAUUCGGCGAGAGGUGACAACAAUUCUUGCUUUGGGUUCCUCUCUCGUCCUUUCUCAUGUGAUCCAAUUUUUUUUCUUGGGCAAAUAUUUCCACCAGGGAUGCUUUUUGAUGCGUACGAUACCCUGUUCG